ACUUCCUGUUUAUCUGAUUCGACAUGGCGUCUGAAACCGAGGUAUCUGUGCCGGUUAAUGAGGAUGAACCAACUGAAAGUCCGAGGGCCCAGAAGAGAGAGGAGAGGUUACGAAAAUUUCGAGAACUGCAUUUCAAAAGGAAUGAGGCGCGUAAACUAAAUCACCAGGAAGUGGUGGAGGAGGACAAGAGACUGAAGCUGCCUGCAAACUGGGAGGCAAAGAAAGCUCGUUUAGAGUAUGAGCUUAUGGUGGACCAGAAGAAAAAGGAGUGUGCAGAGCAGGGAGAGGACUAUGACCGCGUGAAACUGCUGGAGAUCAGCGCGGAGGACGCAGAGAGAUGGGAAAGGAAGAAGAGGAAGAAGAACCCUGAUCCUGGCUUUUCAGGGUACGCUGAGGCUCAGUUGAGGCAGUACCAGCGGCUGACCAAACAGAUCAAACCAGACAUGGAGAGCUAUGAGAGGCAGAGAGAGGAGUGUGGAGAAGACUUCCACCCUACCUCCAACAGUCUGAUCCAUGGCACCCAUGUACCCACCAAAGAGGGCAUUGACCGAAUGGUGGAGGAUGUGGAGAAACAGAUUGAAAAACGCUCCAAGUACAGCCGGCGUAGAGCAUACAACGAUGACUCCGACAUCGACUACAUCAACGAGAGAAACGCCAAGUUCAACAAGAAAGCAGAGCGUUUCUAUGGCAAAUACACAGCCGAGAUCAAGCAAAACUUGGAGAGAGGAACUGCUGUGUAGCUUUGGUCACUGUCAACUUACUUGCUGUGUUAUCUACCUGCUCACUUUUAAGGGAGAGGCACAAAUGUCAAAAGAACAACCCUUCAUCAUAAUAUAAUAUGCCAAGUUUGUGCAUAUUAAGAUUGUGCACAAAUGUCAUUGUGUUUUUCCAUUGUGCUCUGUCCCUAAAUAGGGUCAAGUCUCUUGUAAAUUAGGGAGAUUGUCUUUGUUUUUGAGUUCCUUUGAGAAAAAUGGAAAUUGAGAGCCAUCUUUGGGCUUUUGAGUAGCUGCAAUAUUGGACAGAGAGUACAGACGUGUGUGUGUUUGUGUGCGCGUGCAUGUGCGCGUAUGUGCUCGUGUGCAUAAAAACGGUGUCCGUUUUUACUAGGAAUUCUUUUUUUAUCCUCAGUUGAAUUAAACUCAUUUUAAGUGUUUGAAGUAA